AUGGCUGAAAACGCAGCAAUCGCAGAAAUCACCAAGAAGGUCGAAGAAGUUAUCCUCGAGUACCACGGUCAGCCCCUGUCCAAGAACGCCCUCAAGAAGCUCGAGAAGGAGAAGCUGAAGAAGGAGAGAGCCGAGAAGGAUGCCCUUGCCCGCGCCGCUCAGGCUGCCGCCAAGGCCAGCGCCACCGUCGAUUACUCCAAGGACUUUUACGGAAAGCAGGCCAUCAACCAGUCUGCCGACCGCCCUGGUCGCAAGCAUGAGCGUCUCACUGACAUCAGCGCCAGCCGCGCCGGCGAGAAGGUUUGGAUCCGUGCCCGCGUCCAGACUUCCCGUCCCACUGGCAACAAGAUGUGCUUCUUCCAGUUCCGCCAGAGCAGCGCCACCAUCCAGGGAUUGGUUGUCUUUGACGAGACCGCCAUCAGCAAGCAGAUGGUCAAGUUUGCCCAGAACAUCCCUUCCGAGUCCAUUGUCCUCGUCGAGGGUAUCAUUGCCAAGCCUCUCGAGCCCGUGAAGAGCUGCACUGUUCAGGAUGCUGAGAUCACCAUCAGCCAGCUGUUCGUCACCAGCGAGGCUCAGGGCCGUCUCCCCUUUAACUUGGAGGAUGCUUCCCGUCCCGAGGCUGAAUUUGAGCGUGAGGAUGCCCAGUUCAGCAAGGUCAGCUUGCACACCCGUCUCGAGAACCGUGUUUUCGAUUUCCGCACCAUCACCAACCAGGCCAUUUUCCGCGUCCAGGCUGGUGUCUGCAAGCUCUUCCGCGAUUUCCUCGACUCCAAGGGAUUCAUGGAGAUCCAUACCCCCAAGAUUAUCGGAGCUGCCAGUGAAGGUGGUGCCAACGUCUUCAAAGUCAAGUACUUCGACACCGAUGCUUACUUGGCCCAGUCUCCUCAGUUCUACAAGCAGAUGGUUGUUUGCGGAGAUUUCGAGCGCGUUUACGAGGUCGGCAGUGUUUUCCGUGCCGAGAACUCUUUCACUCACCGUCAUAUGACCGAGUUCAUGGGACUCGAUUUGGAGAUGGCUUUUGAGGAGCACUACCACGAGAUUCUCGAUGUCUUUGACGAGCUCUUUGUCUACAUCUUCAAGGGUCUCGAGGAGAAGUACGCUGCCGAGCUCGAGAUUGUCCACCGCCAGUACCCCUUCGAGAAGUUCCAGUACUUGCCCAAGACUCUCCGCCUCGAGUACAAGGAUGCUGUCGCCCUUUUGCGCGAGAACGGAGUCGAGAUGGGUGACUUUGACGACCUCUCGACCGAGACUGAGCGCAAGCUCGGACAGUUGGUCAAGGAGAAGUACCACACUGACUUUUUCAUGUUGGACAAGUUCCCUCUCGCCGUCCGUCCCUUCUACACCAUGCCCGACCCCAAGAACCCUGGCUACUCCAACUCGUACGAUUUCUUCAUGCGUGGUGAGGAGAUCCUUUCGGGAGCUCAGCGUAUUCACGAUGCCGAACUUUUGAUCAAGCGCGCCAAGGAGCACGACGUCGACCCCGAGUCGGUCAAGCACUACGUCGAUGCCUUCCGCAUGGGUGCCCCACCACAUGGAGGCGGAGGAAUCGGAUUGGAGCGUGUCAUUUUCUUCUACCUUAACUUGGGCAACAUUCGUCGCGUUUCUAUGUUCCCUCGCGACCCCAAGCGUCUCUUCCCUUAA